GGUAGCCGCGCAAUAACUACCCCUCGAGUAGACGCCGUCCACAUGGCGAACAACCGCGAGCGUUACGUGUGCGUGGUGAUCAUAACAGUGCUAUCGUUGUUCACAACUGCUGCUGAUUUUCUAGAAAAUCCAAAGUUCAGUGAGCCCAUUACUAAUGUCACCGUCGCCGUUGGAAGGGAGGCUAUCAUGGCAUGUCUUGUCGAAGAUUUGGGCCAGUACAAAGUCGCCUGGCUGCGAGUCGACACGCAGACGAUCCUGACGAUCCACAGUCACGUCAUCACCAAGAACCAUCGCAUCGGCGUGACGCACAGUGAACACAAGACGUGGUACCUGCACAUCAAGGAGGUGCGCGAGUCUGACAAAGGAUGGUACAUGUGUCAGAUCAACACAGAUCCAAUGAAAAGUCAAGUCGGGUAUCUGGACACUGUGGUGCCGCCAGACAUAUUGGAUUACCCGACUAGCACAGACAUGAUCGUCAGAGAGAGCUCCAAUGUGGCGCUGCGUUGCGUCGCGAAGGGAUCGCCCGAACCAGCGAUCACGUGGAAACGCGAAGGAGGCGAACCGGUGCAAUUAAUUACCGGUGAAGAAGCCGUGAGCGUCGAGGGUCCUAUCUUGAAUAUUACACGUGUCACACGGCAACAGAUGGGGCCAUACCUGUGCAUCGCUUCCAAUGGGGUUCCUCCUUCUGUCAGCAAACGUAUCAGUCUGGUUGUGCACUUUCCGCCGAUGAUAUGGAUACAAAACCAAAUGGUCGGAGCCUACGAGGGUCAACAAAUCACUUUAGAUUGUCAUUCGGAAGCGUACCCAAAAUCCAUCAACUACUGGACGACGGACAACGGCGAGAUUGUUCCGCAAAGUGGUAAAUAUGAAGUGACCGUCAAGGAUAACGGCUACAAGAUCCACAUGCAAUUGACCAUCAAGACGGUGUCCGCUGGCGAUUACGGAUCGUAUAAGUGCAUCGCGAAAAACUCACUGGGGGAUACAGACGGCACCAUUCAACUUUAUGAAAUACCCAAGCCGUCGCGUCGAUCCAACGGGAUGCACAGAAAAGGCAAGUUUCGCAAAAAACUUAACGACGUCACAGACGACUCGGAAAAUAUGCCAGUUGCAGACAUGGAAGAUCAACCGGAUUCGCUCUUCCAAGAAGACGACUACUACAACGCCUGCUUCAGUAUACACAACCCGCCGGUGCACGCGAUGGCUGUCUCUAUUACAAUGAUCGCGCUGCCUUUCAUAUUACAAUAAAUCUCCGCGACUCCCUCUCCUCGCUCGCCUUUUGUAUAAAGCGCAUCUUAAACGAGCAUAACAAUACCGCACGCCGCCGCCAAACAAGACAAGUUUUUAUUUCGUUCCCAGUUGCUUUUGUGCAACACCCGACGGGUCGCUCUCGUUUCCAUAGAUUUAUAGAUUUAUAUUGCAUUGAAGGCAUAUUUCUAGGGUGGCUUUAUCAUUUCGGAGUUUUUGCCUGCGCGCUUUUGUCAUCAAUGCUCGUUUGCAUCAUCAUUAUGUGGAAACUGACAUAUCGGGACGUUAGUACGGUACGCUCUAGAUAGAUUUGUAAAUUUUAAGGCGAAUGUUGACAACUGAACACAUCAAUUAGUACCUAUAAUUAUAGAAAUGUUGUUUUAAUAAUUUUGACAUUAAAAUACAUCGUAUUUACUUAGAAUAAACAAGAAUGCUUCCUAUACUUUUAAUUUUAUUAUUUAUUUUAGUUUAUGAUGAAUAUUUGGAAGAUUUUUUAAAUUUCUUUUUAAAUUUUUUUUCAAUCAAAAUUAGGGCAAUUUUACAAAAAUAUUUAAUUUUUUAAUCUGAAACCUAUAAAUUUACAGUAUUUACCAAAGAUAUCUUCAUUUAUUACCACUAAAAAAAAGAUUGAACAUUGACUGAUGAUAUUAUCCUAAAUAAUAAUAAAUUAUAUAAAUAAAUCUAAAAAACAGAUGGAAAUAAAUUAAAAUAUUUGAAAAUAAACGAGAGAAAGUGUAUAGUUUGUAAGCAAUAUUUUAGGAUAAACAUAUACCUACUGCAUUAAAUAAUAUUUAUUCUUAUUAGCCGAAUCAUGUAAACGAUACAUAGUAUAUCAAAACAUGCGACGAAUGCAACGCUAUCCGCGAAUUCAAUAUGAUCGAAUGGCUAAAGUGCAAUGUCAAAUGGAAUCGUGAAAAAAGUACUGCAUAGUUAAGUGUUAGUCUAAGUAGAUUUAUAUCCAUUAGCCUCUAGCGUUUUAUUAUUUUAUAACCAAUGCAGAAUAUAAAAGUAAAUAAUUUAUUACAAAUAUUCUGUAUGAAUAAAAAAUUAUAUACAUUUUUCGGCUUGAUGGAUCAAAUAACAGAUGAAAACUGAAAAGGUUUCCUAAAAUAUUUAUAUUUGUAAUGAGCUUGCUUUCAUGUUUCUGUGAAAAGUACAGCACUGGCGCGACCAGUACCUACCUAAUAUUACUUAUCUAUUAAAAAUUUAAUUAGUGUUUUGUUAUGAGUGCGGCAAAGUAAUUACAAAUAUUAUUUUGUAGUAAAUGUUGUAUUUACAUCACUUUACAAAUCAAAAAAUUGAUUUAUGUUUGAAUUGAUUUAAAAAUAUUCUGACAACGGGAACAAUAUUGAGAAUCACUCUUCAGGAUUAUUUACUACAUUUAUUUUUAAAAAUACAAUUAAAAUGUUUAUACCAUAGUUUAAUUUGUGCUUUUGUUUGUGCUUUUAUUUUGA